AUGAAGAUCAUCAGUAAAUUCCUCCUUGGACUAUUAAUUGCUUAUAUUCCGAAGUACUAAUCAGUUUGCUACAAAAACUCAUAUAUCAGAGGCUCUGGAACACCUCUAGAUACCUGUAGAGAUGGGUUAGUUAACGAUAACUCACUUUGCUAUGAACCAUGCAAGGCUGGUUUCACUAAUGGAGGGCUACUUUGCUACGCAGCAUGCCCUUCAGGCUUCACCAAUUCUGGAGCUCAUUGUAUCAAGCCUUCGUCAUAUAGUAGAGGUGCUGGCUAUCCUCUCUGGUAGUAAGACAAAUGUGUUAAAGAGAAUCCAUAAGGGUGUGAAAAUCCAGCAGGUAUUUGGUACCCGAAAUGUGCUCCUGGUUUUCAUGCUGCUGGAUGCUGCAUCUGUUCACCUGAUUGCCAAUCAGAUUAACUCAUUGAUGUUGGAGUGUCAUGCUAGAAGAAAACUUAUUCUCGUACUACUCCAGAGAUACUUGGAUGUGCUAAAAGUCUUGAGAAAGAUGGAGGGUUAUGCUACCCACCUUGCAAAGAAGGAUUUAAAGGAGUGGGAUCAGUAUGCUGGUAGACAUGCCCAGAUGGAAUGACUGAUUGUGCAGCUUUGUGUUCAAAUGGCGCAAAAGAAUGCGCAGAAGUUACAGCAGCAAUAGUAGCUGAUGUAUUCUCUCUUGGAUUAGCUUUUGCCGAUCCUCUAAAUGCAGUUGGUACUAUUGAUGGAGCUGUAAAUGCAGCAACUAAAACAGCAACAGAUCUCACUAAUGACUACUGUCCAACUCCUGAGGAAGCUAGAUAGCAACAAUUAAAAUAAUAGCAAGCUGAUCAAGCCAAACAGUAACAACAAUAGCAAUAGUAACAAUAAUAACAAGCUCCAUAAAUUGUUUACGUUUUACCUCCAUAUCCAUACCCUUAUCAAACGAACAUGACUGGUUACUAAUAUCCACCAUACCCGUACCCUUACCCUUAUCCAAUGAUGAACCAAUCAUACCAAAUGCCAAUUCCAUAGUAAUAAGCUUAACCAGCACCAAAAGUACAAUUAUACAGAUCAAUAAGCUAAAAACCAGUUUAUUUCUUAAGAAAUCAAAUUCCUCAAGAGUAAGAAAUAGCAGUUUAAUCAUAGAAUCAAAAAAUAAACCAUCACUAAUAUAAAAAUAUUGGAGUUCAUGGGCAUAUUCAUGAAGAUCAUAUUGAUAUAUAUCAAGAUUGA